AUGUUGAACCAGGCAGACAUGUUGACCAGGCUGUUAGCAGACAUGUUGAACCAGGCAGACAUGUUGAACCAGGCUGUUAGCAGACAUGUUGAACCAGGCAGACAUGUUGAACCAGGCUGUGGAAUAUUUGACGGCAGUUCCGUCCAGGCACUGACCGCCUUCCGUCACGAGGUCCAGAUGUUCAACAGGGAACACAGCAGCUUCCAGCGGAUGCGGAAUGAGACGGUUGUCUUGGACGUGACGGACAGCUUCGCCGUGAGUAACGCCUUGUGUCAGCAUUUAUCCAAGGGCGUCCUGGCAAUUGUGGGCGUGUCCAGAGCCUCAUCCCUGGCCACCAUCCAGUCCUACACGGACACAUUUAACGUGCCUUACCUGACCGUCAGCCUCGCCCACAACAGCUCCAACAGGGGCGCUUACCAGAUCUACAUGAAGCCCCUGUCUGUCCACGCCGUGGUCGACGUCAUCGUGUAUUACAAGUGGAAGAAGGUCACCAUCUUUUACGAUGAUGAUGAAGGCCUGGCCCGCGUGGAGCAGCUGUACCAGGUCGCCAACAGGUACCUAACUGUGAUUCUAGACGCCAAGCGCGUCAUGGGCGUGGACGACUGCCACCGGAUGAUAGGCGAGCAGCACCUACAGGAUAAGGACGUGGAGCUACGGAUCUUGCUGGACAUGCGGACCGACAAGGCGGAGAAGACCAUCUUAAGCGUGAUGCAGGACUCCUCAGUGAAUAAGGGGAAGCUACACUUCCUUGUAGGAGAUUUUAGCAUGCUAGAGAUGAACCUGAGCCACUUUAAAAUUGGAGGUGUCAACAUCACAGGCUUCCAACUUGUGGACGCCAACAACUCGACUGCUGAUAUUUUUCUGUCCAAAUGGUCAAAUCUGGACCCUCUAGCCUGGCCUGGGGCGGGGAGCAGGAAUAUCAAUUACGAGGCUGCGUUGGCUGCCGACUCUGUCCGGCUGUUUAGACGAGCGCUGGCCUCACUGCUAAAGAGGGAGCCAAACUUCCUACACAGGUCUCACCAGAACCAACACGAGAGGCCGCUCAGGUGCACUGAUGACUCGGAGGUUCGCACCGUGUACGGCGACGUUCUGCUGGAGGAAAUGAAGAGGACCAGGUUUGAAGGUAUCACUGGUCACGUCGCCUUCAAUGACCUGGGACAGCGCAAGGACUUUGUUUUAGACGUCUACAACAUAGCCAUGACAAGAGGCACAGCCAAGAUUGGCUACUGGAGUGAGCGUGACCGCAGGCUGCACGUGCAGACGCCUCGUCUGGUGAGGGACCACGAGAGUAAUGACGUCAACAGGACGCGCAUCGUCACGACUAUUUUGAAAGACCCGUAUGUUAUGAGGAUCAAACGACCACCAGAUGGAGCUCCACUGACCCAAGUUGAACUACUGGAAGGCUUCUGUAUAGACCUAACCAAGGCUAUUGCUAAAGAGGUUGGAUUCGACUACCGGAUCGAGCUAGUCAAGGACAACCGUUACGGCGCUCUACACUCAAAUAAUGGGACGUGGGAUGGGAUGGUUGGGGAGCUCAUCAGACACGAAGCGGACAUGGCCAUAGCACCGUUCACGAUCACGGCCGAUCGGUCGCGUGUGAUCGAUUUCACCAAACCGUUCAUGAGUAUGGGCAUCUCGAUCAUGAUCAAAAGACCCACGCCCCCGGGCAAACAUUUCUUCUCCUUCAUGGAGCCGCUGUCGUCAGAGAUCUGGAUGUGUAUCGUCUUCGCUUACAUUGGUGUCAGUGUGGUGCUCUUUCUGGUCAGUAGGUUCAGUCAAAACGAAGGACUAAUCAUAGAGAAGCCCUCACAUCUUCUCAACGAGUUCACCAUUUCCAACUCACUCUGGUUCUCACUGGGCGCGUUCAUGCAGCAAGGAUGUGAUAUCGCCCCUAAGUCCCUGUCAGGAAGAAUAGUGGGGUCCGUCUGGUGGUUCUUCACCCUCAUCGUCAUCUCCUCCUACACCGCCAACCUGGCCGCCUUCCUCACAGUCGAACGGAUGUUGACGCCCAUCGAAUCCGCAGAGGACCUGGCCAAACAGACGGAAAUACAGUACGGAACGCUGGAUUCUGGGAGUACCCAAUCGUUCUUCAAGAACUCCCAGUACCAAACCUACCAGCGUAUGUGGGCGUACAUGACGUCAGCCACUCCGUCAGUUUUUGUGACCAACCAUGAAGAAGGCAUCAGACGGGUCCGGUCGUCCAACGGCAAGUUUGCCUACCUCACCGAGUCGGCAACCAUUGACUACAUCAGCAACAAGAAGCCUUGUGACACGCUGAAGAUAGGCAAUAACCUGAAUUCUGAAGGUUUCGGCAUAGGUACACCUGUAGGAUCAGAUUUGAGAGACAUCUUGAAUCUGCGAGUGCUAGAGUUCCGUGAGAACGGGAACUUGGCCAAAUGGGAGAAGUUCUGGUUUGACCGGGGUGAAUGCCCUCAGUACACCUCAAAAUCGGACAGUGCACAAAGUGCCUUGACCUUGGCCAACGUGGCGGGUAUCUUCUAUAUUCUGAUUGGCGGGCUCGUCAUCGCCGUCAUUUCCGCCGCCAUCGAGUUCGUCUACAAGGCUAAGAUGGACGCCCACAAGUCGAGGACGUCACUGGGCACAUCCAUGAGGACAAAAGCCAGAUUGUCGCUGAAAGGUUCUAACGAUAUUGAUAAGAGAUCCUCCAACGGAACAAGGCGGCGAUCUACGAACUCUUUAACGUACUCGUACACUGGACCCGUCAACGUGACCGAUGGAGACCACACAUUUUAUGACGCGAACACACACACCGAGGUUUGA